AAACGUAUAAGAAAAUUUCUAAUAAAAAAUAUCUGUGAUCAUUUAUAAAAUAAAUAAAAAUACUUUUUCAAAAUGUCGACCGCUGUCAAUGCUUCACGCUUGGGUCAAAUGAAGGCACGUUUUCAACAAAAGCAAAUGCAGGAAAAAGAAGAAAAAUUAACACGUUUAUAUGAAACACAGCAACAACGAGCCCUUGAUCGUGUGGUUACAUCACGCACUAACAGUCGUAAUACAACAACAGUAACUCGUAAUAACACAAUGGGAUACAGUAGUGGUGAAACAUCACCGGGAGCCUUAUCUUCAUCAGGAAGUUCAACUUUAAGUUCACAGUUAGGUGGAGGACGUGUUCGGCAAAUGUUCGAGGAACGUCGUACCCAUACUAAAGCUGCUGGUAUCGAUAAAAGUUAUCCAUUAGAGCCCAUUAAAGGAGCAAAAUCAUCCACACAUCGAACUGAACGUACAACGAGUUUAGAUCGUAAUUCAACAUUCACAAAAGGUCAUUCAAAAUUUAGUUCAACAACAAAACGUGUUAUCGACAAUCAACAUUAUAAUUCGAAUACAACUCUAAAUUAUCAUAAUAACAAUGAAAUUAAUAACAAACAUAACAAUAAUUUCAAUGAAUCGAAUGAUUUCGAUUCAUCCGAUAUCGAAAAUCAUAACGAUACUACUGAGGAACAAAUUAUGAACAAACAUAAUUUAUACGAAACAUCAAUUGAUGAUGAAAUGUUUCCUGAUGUUCAAUUAAUUGACGAUGAUUUAGAUGUGACAUUUGGUAAAAUGUCAAAUACUUCUAAUUUAUUACGUCGCCAAUUACCUACAUCCAAUGAACGUUUAAAUGCAUUAGCUUCACGAACACAACAAAAACGUGCGGAGCCAAUUAAACCACGCCAUGAAAAAUUAGUAAAUUCCAAAUCGAAUGGAAUCUCAUCAAAUGUCGAGAAAUUACCAUUACAACGUUCCAAUACGGUUCAACAGCAACGGAAACAACAAGUAGGCGAUGGAGAUUCAGUUAAGAAUAAUAGUGACUCGAAGUCAUCGGUACGAAGUUCGGUUACAAAUGGUCGAAAAGUAGCGGCAAUGAAUAAGGUAAGCACACCGCCGAAAAAAGUUAUGCCAACACCAAUUUCAACAUUCAAAAAGGUCACGAGUCCUUCAGUGACACCAAGACAAUCACCAAUAAAAUCUUCAGCGACAACACCAGUCAAGGCAGAGAUUAAAACAGCGUCACCUUCAAAAUCGCCAUCCAAAACUAUGACAACUAAUACUAUAAAUUCUGCUUCACCACGACGUACUCUAGCAAAUAGUGUUUCGGAUGAUAAUUUAAAACCAUGUAGAAAUUGCAGUCGUCGAUUUGCUGUUGAUCGAUUACAGAAACAUGAAGAGAUUUGUAUGAAAACAGCAAAUAAAAAACGUAAACCAUAUGAUGCUUUAAAACAUCGCGUUCUUGGCACUGAAGCUGAAGCAUUUGUCGCCAAACCAGGAAAGAAUGCUAAACAAGCGGCAGCCGCCGCACCAGUAAAGAAAAAUGCACCAGAUUGGCGACGUAAACAUGAAGAAUUUAUUCAAGCAAUUCGUGCCGCGAAACAAGUACAAGCGCAUUUAGCAGCGGGUGGAAAUAUCCGAGAUCUACCACCCCCACCACCAUCAUCCAAUCCCGAUUAUGUACAAUGUCCACAUUGUGGACGUAAAUUUAAUGAAAGUGCAGCCGAACGGCAUAUACCCAAAUGUGCAAAUUAUUCAUACAAUAAACCGAAACCAGCAGCUAAUAAAAAUGCUAUUAAAAAAAGAUAAAUAGAUAUUUUAUACAAAUAAAA